AUGGACAUCUUCGAGAAACGCAUCGACAAGGGCGUUUCCACACGAUUUUUGUUUGCAGAGACCGAUGAAACGCCCGAACAGGCGACCGGGAAAAUGGCCGGUGAAACGCCCAGUGAAACGCUGGAUGAAACUCCCGUGGAACCUAAUGGGGAAACUCCUCAUAAAACUCCCAGUGAAACUCCUCAUAAAACUCCCAAUGAAACUCCCAGUGAAACUCCCAGUGAAACUCCCGAUAAAACUCCCCGCGGGAAGGCGGGUGAGAACGCGUUGUACCGCGGUUUUAUGGAGUAUAUGUUGGCGAUCGCUCCGGGAAACGCCCACGCGGUGGAUUUGGCGUUACAUUAUCUGGAGGGAACCCGCGGUUUUGAGGCGGAUCCGGCGCGGGCGAAGGAAAUGCUGCGGGAAUCCACCGCGGGACUGGCGCGGUUUUAUCUGGGCGUGAUGAGUCAGAGCGAAGAAUUGGGCGGCGAAGACGUGGAAGCCGCCAAAAUGAACUUCGACGCCGCUUGUAGGGAUAACCGCGGGGAUGUGAAUUAG